AGGGGGAGGCGAUGUCAGACAGAGCUCCCUUUUGUGUUUCUUGUCCUAUCUUUCCUGAAGGGAAGGACGGAGAGGUGUAAUUUUAGGCGAGACAGCAAACGGCUAUAGAGCCACCUUCAGGCUGUGCCCUUCUGGGGUGCCUCGCAGGUCCCCGCGGGUGCGCCCGGACCGAGGCCGGGGCUGGACUGGAGCGGGCGAGGAGCAUCCCCGCCGGCGGAGCACCAUGGCAGCUGCCGGGGAGGUGGAGCCAGCCGCUGACCUGCCAGCAUCGGAACACGCUAUCGGCUUUGAAUAAAUCCUCCCUUUUUCCUUCCUACCUGCGCCGAAAAACGCGAGGAAAAAUAAAAAUAUUAAAAAUAAUUAUAUAUAUUUUUAAAAGCAGGGCUGGCAGGAGAAAACAGGAGAGAGGCCGGGUGCGUGCGGCCGCCGGCUGCGGGAGGUGCAUGAGGAGCUCGGCUGGGGGCUGCCGCCAUGGAGCACAUCCGGAUGCCCAAGGUGGAAAAUGUUCGGUUACUUGAUCGUUUAUCUUCAAGAAAAGCUGCCCUAGGAACCUUGUAUUUAACAGCUACUCAUGUUAUAUUUGUGGAGAAUGGUUCUGAAGCUCGGAAAGAAACCUGGGUUCUUCACAGUCAAAUUUCCUCUAUUGAGAAGCAGGCUACCACUGCUACUGGUUGCCCAUUGCUGAUCCGCUGCAAGAACUUCCAGGUCAUCCAGCUGGUCAUCCCUCAGGAACGAGACUGCCAUGAUGUUUACAUAUCUCUGAUACGUCUGACACGACCAGUGAAAUAUGAAGAGCUGUAUUGUUUCUCAUUCAAUCCAAAAUUAGAUAAAGAAGAACGAGAACAAGGCUGGAAGCUUGUGGACCUCAACAAAGAAUAUAAUCGGAUGGGUAUUCCAAACAACUAUUGGCAGAUUAGCGAUGUAAACAGAGACUAUGGAGUCUGUGAUUCCUAUCCUACAGAAGUGUAUGUACCAAAGUCUGCAACUGCACACAUCAUAGUGGGGAGCUCUAAAUUUCGGAGCCGAAGGCGCUUCCCAGCUCUUUCUUACUAUUGCAAGGAGAACAAUGCUUCCAUAUGUAGAAGCAGCCAGCCUUUAUCUGGCUUUAGUGCUCGAUGCCUGGAGGAUGAACAGAUGCUCCAGGCCGUUAGAAAAGCAAAUCCAGGAAGUGAUUUCAUAUAUGUUGUUGACACAAGGCCCAAACUCAACGCAAUGGCAAACAGAGCAGCAGGGAAGGGAUACGAAAAUGAGGACAACUACUCCAACAUCAAGUUUCAAUUCAUAGGCAUUGAGAACAUCCAUGUCAUGAGAAACAGUCUGCAGAAAAUGCUUGAAGUUUGUGAGCUGAAAUCACCUUCAAUGAGUGACUUUCUGUGGGGCCUAGAAAAUUCUGGCUGGCUGAAGCAUAUCAAAGCCAUUAUGGAUGCUGGCAUUUUUAUUGCUAAGGCUGUGGCUGAGGAGGGUGUGAGUGUGCUUGUUCACUGCUCUGAUGGCUGGGAUAGGACAGCCCAGGUUUGCUCUGUAGCAAGCCUUCUGUUGGAUCCGUAUUACAGAACUAUGAAGGGAUUCAUGGUGUUAAUUGAAAAAGACUGGGUUUCCUUUGGUCACAAAUUCAACCACAGAAUCCAAGAACGAACAUAUUCACUGUGGGCUCACUUGUGGAAAAAUCGUGCAGAUUACCUGAAUCCUUUGUAUCGACCUAACCACAGUAAAACCCAAGGGACCCUGUGCCCUCAGAUGGCUCCAUGCAACUUCUUGUACAAGUUCUGGAGUGGUAUGUACAACCGCUUUGAAAAGGGGCUGCAUCCUCGACAGUCAGUUACUGAUUAUCUGAUGGCAGUGAAGGAGGAAACUCAGCAGCUGGAAGAAGAGCUGGAGGUCUUAGUAGAGAGAUUGGCGAACCUUCAGAAAUCACAAUUAAAUGAUAAUAAAGUCAAGAGUAAGCAACAAGACCAAAGCAAACAUUUAGGGCUUUCUACUUCCAGCUUAGCUAACACUCCUCAGGAGUAUAGCAACGAUCUGAAAUCAUUCCCAUCCCGGAGCCCUUCACAAGGGGAUGAAGAAGAUUCAGCCCUGAUUUUGACACAGGACAACCUGAAAAGCUCUGAUCCCGAUCUCUCAGCUAACAGCGAUCAGGAGUCUGGUGUGGAGGACUUAAGCUGUAGGUCUCCAAGUGGGGGUGGCUGCUUGGCUAGUGAAGACAGUGGCAAGGAUUCAGAUGAGGCUGUGUUUCUGGCAGUCUGAAAUACCUUCACAACAAUGAGGACCCAGAUUAAGUCAAGUCCCUCGCAGCCUGGAACGAGAUCUUUUCAACAAAUGAAGAAUGGGAGUGGUGUGUGGCCUAAAGAAAUAAUCCAAAGAAAGGGAACUGUGCAAUUAUGUAAGUAAAGAUCAAGGCAGAACAAGCCAUUAUUAAAGACAUAAUGCUAAAGAAAGGUAGUAUCUGCUGUUGUAUUUAGUUAAGCCAAUGUAGUAUUUAUCAAUGCUGUAUGUAAUUAUUCCUUACUUUGUAUAUUCCCAUCAUUAUUUGUUGUACAAAAUAUUAGUUCUUCUCCAAAGAAGUGAAAUUCCAAAGUACUCUCUUACACAUAGGGACAAGGUUGAAGGUUUCUUAGUGUUAGGCUUACUGGUGAAUCAGUCAAAACUUAUUUUUGUAGAGCUUUUUUGCCUUCAGACAGUGUGUAUAUUCUUCACUUUUUUUCAUGGGAGGUGUUAAAUUUUGAAUUCCAACAAAUAUUUUGCAUGUUCUCCUAUUAGAAUCCUUUGCAGCAAAGUAAAACUUAACAAAUGGAUGUGCUUGCUUAGGGGACAAAUGAAGCUCUGAUCCUGCAAAGAAGUCCUUUGGUAAGCAGCAGCUGCUGCUGCAUAUGAACGCACCCCAUUUGUAAUGAUACAAUACUUACAAAGCCUUCCUGGAGAAGCAUCCCUUUAUAAUGAUAUUCCUUUAUAAUGCCUAAGUACAUUAGACAGUAUGCUCUAGCAUCUUUAUGUUUUAUUAUCAAGUUAGAUUGUUGAUAUCUUACCCUUGCUUCAAACCAAGGUAAGAUAUAAAGGUGAAAUCUUAAAGGUAAUAAAGCCUCAAAUAUCUCCAGCCUAUUUUAAUUCUUACUUGAAAAUGUUUUAUAUGGGUGGGAGUGAAGUACAUAUACAGCAGAAAGAACAGGGAAUCCUAACAAAUAUCACUUACUUAUGGAAGCAUCACUGAAUUCAGAACUAAAGAAAGGCUAUGCCCAUAAAGGAACUGUUAUAAAGAAUAUUUCUUCCAAAUUUUAUUGUUCAAAAUAAGCCAACCACAACCAAGGCUGUUUUUUUUUUUUAUCCUCACACAAAUUUUCCCUUUUAGUAUUUGCCCACCUGAACUGAGCAUGCAAUACUAAUUUAAGACUGAUUCACCAUGACAGACAGUUUAAUCUCAUUGGAAGAUUUGUCAUAUUUUUUAAGAGUAGGAGUAAUAGCUUUCAUAAUCAUAGGUACAGAAGAAA